UAAACAUGGUCUAUGAUACCUGAAGUUAUGGCUUUCUAUAUGGAGUGAUAACUUUGCUAUUCAAAUUAUGUUUUAUAUGGACAUAUAUUAUAUACUUAUAUAUCUAAAUGUGAACACUAAUACGAGAUAUGCCCGCAGAUGUAAACAAAGUUUCAGAAAUUCUUAUGGUGAGUGAAAGUUGUUUUGUUUUAGACGAUUUUGAAGUUUUACCCCAAACCCCGUUUGAAGACCUUGCUUCAAGAUUUUUAAAUAAAGACGAUUACGACUUGGGUAAAUUAUUAGGCGCUGGUGGCUUUGGUAGUGUCUAUUUGGCUUCCUACAAAAAUAAAAUCACGGCAGUAAAAACUUUACAUAAAGUAACUAAAAAUCCGAAAGCGCAAAUGGAAAGCUACAAAGCCGAGUUGAAUGUGUAUAACUGGAAGCAUCCCAAUAUCGUGAGAACGGUAGCGGCAACGAGUAUAGAACAAUAUGAUACCGGUGCCUGGAUCGUCAUGGAGUACAUCGGUUCAAGGAAUUUACAGAUGCUUAUUAAUGAUACCGAAGAGGAGUUGGACCAGCAACGAAGAUUGAAGUACAGUUUGGAAGUUGCUAGUGCUCUUGAGUUUACUCAUAGCAACCACAUUGUGCAUCUCGACCUAAAGCCAGCAAAUAUUCUGCUCACAGAACGGGACAGUUGUAAACUGGGUGAUUUCGGCUGCUGUCAACGAGUUGAAGAAGACACUGGACGCGUCAGUCCCACAAAUCGUUCGGCUCUGACCGGAACUUUCGCAUACAGAGCACCUGAAUUACUUCGAGGUGGCGCACCGACUUUAGUUGCAGACGUGUAUUCUUACGGCGUUACCUUAUGGCAGUUGUUGAGUCGAGAAACACCCUAUUCAAACCAGAAUCAACAUGUGGUCAUAUUUAGUGUCGUGUCAAAACAUCUGCGACCGCCACACCCGGAUGUUGGUGACGACCCAUUCGAACUGCUAUAUCAGGAACUAUACACGCAAUGUUGGUCAGCAAAUCCAGAGACGAGGCCAACAUCACGUGAUCUGGUGGAACUAUUAAAACAGUGGAAAUAUUAUAUGUGAUAAGUGCUAAAGUGAUCGAACCUGGAUAAAUUGUUAAACGGGUCGACAUUGGAAAUAAUAAUUGCAUAGUGCCUAUAGAGAUAUUUUCUGAGUGAUAUUGGUGACAGAUUCCAGUACAGUAAUUUGUAUUGAAAUGGAAUGAUCUUUGUGUGAUAAUUCAGUGAUGUAUAUGAAAGAUUUUAAAAGUGAAAACGCCACGAACAUUGUUAUGUAAACUCUUCUUCCAUCCAAUGGCAAUUUGUGCUGCAAGAAACCGUAUUUGUACUACAGGAAGUCAGGUUCGAAAUCUUCGAAUUUAUACAGCUAUUAAAACAUUCCGUCCUUUUUACUUUCGGUUUUCUUCCCUUUUUGAAGGCACUUUUGUAACUCUUUUUGAGAAGUGUCUGGUUUAAAUGGACAUUUUGUUUGCAAUAACUUAUACAAUGGUUAUGUAAUGACAGUGUUGAUUUUGAACGAUAUUCUUUUUUUGACGCUGAUUCAUGAUUAUCGUUGUUGAUGGGAAACGUUUUUACAGAGCAACGAAUCAUUCCAUCCAUCCAGAAAGUGCUUGUGUUGUGUACAUAUAUUUGUCUAUAUAAUUUUGCAUAGGGUAUGCUUAUGAUAAUCGCAACCCUAUAUUGUAAAUACAUGUAUAUUAAGGUGAUCAUUGAUUGUAUAGAGUGAUAUAUAUAAUUUUUUCCAUGGAUUUUAUUGUGUUUUU